AUGGUGGAAAAGAGUGAAGAGGUGCAUUUGCUGGAUAACACACAGCGUUCGAUUCUGGGCACGUGGCGCUCGUUGUGUGCCAAAUCUAAGUGUGUUUUGGCGAUUCUGUUUGUCGGGUCAAUGUUGGUGGCUCUUGGUUUCGCUGCUGUGGUUAACGUUGCAACCGAUACAUUUACUACUGGGCCUCUUUCUGGCGGACAGAUCAUGGCUUUUGUCCUCUGCACAUUUGUUAUGGCUUGGGCUUUGGCCGAUACCGUCGCUUUACAGUUGUUUCAUGUAAAUCUGAUUUCGCUUGGCAGCGAAUCCCGGGCAAGGCUGCGAAGUGGGGCUGAAUUCUGUAUGUACCUUUUUCUCAUGUUCUUCUGUGAUCGUACAUCACUUUUGCCGAGAAUGAAAAAAUGGUACACGCCAGAUUCCUUCUGGUUCAUGUGGAUCACCUUGGUGGCGGCUUCAUUGUGCACACUCACUAAAGUAAAAAAUCCACCUUCCAUUGUUGUUAAUGGGCAUGGCACAGCGGAGCUUUACCAUGUUCCACCUUUGACACGCACCCAGACAGAGGAAUGGAAAGGGUGGAUGCAAGUACUAUUUUUGUGGUACCAUUACUUUCACAAUGUUAGUAUAUACAAUAGUAUUCGACUUUUUAUCGCCGCUUAUGUUUGGAUGACUGGAUUUGGAAACUUUUCGUACUAUUAUGUGCGCAAAGAUUUUUCAUUAAGUCGUUUUUGUGAAACGCAAUGGCGGCUUAACUUCCUCGUUACCGCGACAUGUGCAGUUCUGGGAAAUCAGUAUAUGCUGUACUACAUAUGCCCUCUUCAUACACUCUUUACACUUUUUAUUUACGGAAGCCUUGCUUGUUUCCAAGAUAUGAACCGGAGCAAUAGAGGAGUGUGUAUAAAAGUCUGUGGACUUUUUGUUGUGUGUUUUUUGCUUUGGGAUAUUUCAGAAGAGAUAUUUUAUGUAUUGUGGUUUCCCUUUAAGUGGUUAUUACGUUAUGAUGAUCCGUAUCGCCCUGGUCGGGACGUGAUGUCGGAGUGGUUUUUUCGAACUUUCCUCGACCAUUACAUAUGGAUAUAUGGCAUGAUAUGUGCAUACUGCCACCCAAAAUGUGAUGGCUGGUUGAAACGGCUCGAUGAAAUGCCAAGACACAUUAGUUGGUUGGUUAAAUCUGUGAUUGUUUGCAUUGCUUUAGUUAUUGGGUAUGUGUAUGUCAAUGCCGUUUAUCUUCUUCCCAAGGCAAAGUACAACAGGGUACAUCCAUACACUUCGCUUAUUCCUAUCACUAUUUAUAUUGUUUUGCGGAAUAUUUUUAUGCGUGGGAGGAUGUACCACAGUGAGCUUUUUGCAACCUUAGGAAAAGUUACCCUUGAGUCUUACAUCUCUCAGUUUCACCUGUGGAUGGCCACAACGGGAUUGAAUGGAAGUCCAAAGUUGCUUCUUCGAAUAGUGCCAGAAGAAUAUCCAAUGGUGAACUUUGCCCUUACAUCCAUAGUUCUUUGUGUGGUAUCAUUUCGUUUGUUCGCCACAACAAAUGUGACGCGCACAUUUUUUAUACCUCCGAAAGCUUCUUCGUCUGUGCUCAAAAAUAAUAUUGCAACAGUGGGAAUUUUUAUGUUGUUGUUGUACAUUGUUUCUUGUUGCAUGCAGUUCGCGACAGCGAGAUAG